AUGGCCGCCGCCGCUGCCGCGAACGACACGACGGCGCCGGCGAGGCCCGCCGGGCCGCAGCUGAAGCUGCUGGUGGACAAGCGGUCGCGGCGCGUGCUGUACGCGGAGGCGCGCAAGGACGCGGUGGACUUCCUCGUCGGGCUCCUCCGCGUGCCCGCGGGGCUCGCCGCGCGCGUCCUCGCCGGGCACGGCGUCGCCGCGCCUGGCUCCCUCGGCACGCUCUACGCCGGCGCGCGGGCCCUCGACGACGCGUUCCUCGCCGUGCCCACGCCCGCGGACCGCGACGCGGUGCUCGGCCCGGCGGCGCUCCCCUCCGCCGCGCUCACGCUGCUCGGCGUGUCGCUCGCGGCCCCGCCCCCGCCGCCGCCUCCGCCGCAGCAGAAGCGGUACUACCGGUGCAACGCGUACACGCUGCCGUGCCGCUCGAACCCGUUGAACGUGACGGACGUGCCGGGGCUGUCGUGCCCGGGGUGCCGGCAGCCGAUGAUGGUGGAGAUGAAGUGGGCGCCCGGGGCCGGGGAGGCUCCCGGCAAGGCGGCGCAGGCGGAGGAGCAGCCGUCCACCGGCGGGUACGUGAAGGAGGUGGUGACCUACCUGGUGAUGGACGACCUCACCGUGGAGCCCAUGUCCACCAUCUCCGCCGUCAUGCUGCUCAAGAAGUUCGACGUCAAGGACUGCUCCGCCCUCGACGAGAUGACCGUCGAACUGGGGCCCAAAGAGUGUGUGAAGCUGCUGAAGGCGAGCCUGGACUCGACGACGGCAUUGACGGAUGUGUUCAGCGGCGGCGUCUCCAUUGAUAGGCUUGAGUGAGCUGCAAGGAGGACGAAGGGCGUUGGGAGAGGAGAAGAUGAACUGAGGCGGUGACAAUAAUGUACUGUUCGUCCGAUACUUGUACUACGUGCAAUUGAAAAUAUCAAAUCACGUUUGCACCAUGAAAACGCCUAUGGGAUGUUUAGUG